AUGACCGACUUGCGACCACUUCUUGAGCCAUUUUUGAUCAGAACAUCUGUUCCACCAUCUGACACUCUCAAACCCGAUAUUGAUUUCGAUCCGCUCAGUCGUCAUACUACCCGUGCGAUGUUAUGUGACGCCAUCCAUAGCCGUUGCCCAGGUGUUACAAUUCGACAAGACGCCCGAGUCGAUCAAGUCCUGGUACUCUACAAGGCUCAUGUGGAUCCUGAUCUAGUCCUACCUUUUAGUAAGGAGUUCAGUUGCAAGCCCAAGACCCUCGCGGCUGGAAAGGCUCAUAAAAAGACAAUCGAAUUCUUACGAUUUUCACUCCAAUGUCAUGCUCCAUACAUAUUUGUCCACUCUGUUGGUCUAGUACAUCCGGUUCUGGUCGACUUGUACAUAAAAUUUGUUUGUGAGGAGGAUGUUCCCGAAGGACGUGUUAUCUCGGGAUAUCAUUAUUCUCAAGUUUCAGACCUGAUGCCGUCGGUGGAUAUGCAAGAUAUACCUCAUUGUAUUUUCACCAAGGUUUUUUUCUCGAUGGCUCCUCGUCGAAAGCAGGCUGGACAUGUCCGGCGUAUUGUGUGCUGCUGCAAAGCUUUCCAUUGCAGUUCAGGUGUCUAUUUGGAUGCAUAUGGGCAACAGCAAUCAGGAGUUGAACUUACUCGGGAAGCAUAUGAGGUUCAUCAACGUGCUGAGCUUCGUAACCAGGCUCAAGAGUCUUCCUUAUCAACAAACUCCAACAUCGAAGGACCUUUGCUUGAGCCUAGCGGUGGUUCAGAUCAGGAUGAUCUGGUUACAUCUCUCGCACAGAUCUCUUUACAAUCAUCAUCUAUAAGAACCACUAGGGAUCAUCUAAAUGUAAACGAAUCAUCGAAUCCACUGCAAGAAUCUCAAGUGGUAGGAACUCCCCGACCUGAGUCUGGAGAACGAUUAGACAUAAAUCCCAAAUGUUCCUUCUCUAAUCCCAAUCGUUCCACAUCAUCGGAGAAUACAGAAGCAACACCAUCAAGAACUUGUCUAGCAGCUGUUGUCGCCCAAUCUGAAGGUGUCAAGAAACAUGAUUGCAGCCGAUUUCACAAAUUUACGCUCACACAAGUCCCAGCAUUGGCUCUACAUGCUGUGCUGACAACGGUAAUUAUGAAUAUAUACGACCAUUCAUCAAAUAGUACAGCUUCCUGGCUACUUAAUGUCCAGAGGAUCACGAUCGAAUUAUCUUGGACUCUGGGACUUGUACCAUGUCUCUCACAAAGUUCUCGCGUCCUUCUUCCGGCUGAGACUGUUGCUCUACGUAAAAUACCAAAAGGUAUUGGUACCGCUAUCAACUGGCUUGAGAUCGAUCCUGACCUGAUCUAUAUGAACUGCUGCCGAGCAUGCUUUGCUUUACAUCCACCAACCAACACGCCAAUGCGAUGCAAUCAUAAGAUAUCUACAAUUCCGGGUGGGCCUAUUGAAAACAAUCCCGAUAUGAAACUUGUGGCGAACCUCUGA